AUGGAAGUUAGCGACGGAUCUGAUGUGGCCAGUUCUGAAAUGGCAGUGAAAAAUGACUAUUUUGAGGUUGUUGUAGCAAUCGAUUUCGGAACAACUUACAGUGGAUAUGCUUUCUCAUUUUGUGUAGAUCCACUCCAAAUACAAACCAAACGUUGGAUGGCAGGGAUUGCGGGACUUAUGUCUACAAAAACUCCGACAAGCAUCCUGCUUAAUCCAAAGGGAGAAUUCGAUGCGUUUGGUUAUGACGCAGAAAGAAAGUAUGCUUCGCUUGCCGUGGAUGGCGAACACAACACGUGGGCAUUGUUCCGAAGAUUUAAGAUGAUUUUACACAAUGAAAAGACUUUGUCAUCUGAAUCAACUAUCCAAGAUGUCAACGGGAACUCCGCACCAGCGAUGAGAAUAUUCGCCAUGGCAAUACGAUACCUAAAAAAUGAAGUAGCCCGUGAACUAAACUUGCAAAAUAACGACAUUGAUGAAAAGAACUUCAAAUAUGUGAUAACAGUGCCAGCGAUAUGGGACGAUGCCGCAAAGCAGUUUAUGAGGGAAGCAGCGAAGGAGGCUGGAAUCGCAAGCGAACGUUUACAGUUGGCCCUAGAGCCGGAAGUUGCCUCCAUCUGGUGUCAGACCGACAGUCUCGAUUCAAUCAUUGCCCUGGCAGGCCCCGGAACCCGAUACAUGAUUGUCGACCUUGGGGGAGGCACAGCAGAUAUAUCGAUCCAUGAACGCUUAGAAGGGGGCUCUUUGAAGGAAAUACACAAAUCCAGUGGUGGACCCUGGGGUGGAAUAAAUUUUGAAGUAAAGAAAAGAAGUUUCAACUGGGAGUCGGAUGCAAAAUGUGUAAUAAGAUUUUCAAGCUUUCUCCGAGAUUCAUGUGAGAAAACGUGCGGUCAAACUCUGCAAGAUCGCAUUGAAAAGCUUGGAUACCAAAGUGAGAUAAAGGUUCAACAGGACAAACUGCUUGUGAGUGCAACACUUGUAUGCCAGUGGUUUGAAGGCCCAGUAACGAGUUUGAUCAACCACAUUAAGAUGUUAUUAUUAGGUCCAACGGUGAGAAACGUUAGCACAAUUGUAUUGGUUGGGGGGUUUUCUGAGAGCAAAUACGUGCAAAAUCGAGUUCAGAAGGAAAUACAAGGAAGGUGUUGUAUUGUCCCAAAUGAGGCUGGCCUCGCUGUUUUAAAAGGGGCAGUGGCGUUCGGACAUUUUCCCUUCGCUGUUAAAUCUAGGGUGCUUCGAUACACGUAUGGGGUAUGCAUUGAUAAGCCAUUCGACAGUACAAUUCAUACAGAAGAGUCUAAAUUCUUCAAGUUACAAUACAACGACUGGCGAGCUCGAGAUUGUUUCAAAGUGUUUGCGGCUGUCGACGACGAGGUGAGGUACGAUAAAGAAUUAGUUUACAAGUUUGCUCAAAGGGGAACACUUGCCACUACUGUUCGUAUCUUCAGAUCAACUGAAAUGCAUCCCGUCUAUGUAACCGACCCAGGCUGCGAGCUUUUAGGGACGAUUGAACUUAACCACACAAUCGAUUAUGUCACCAUUCAAAUAACGUUUAUGUUUGGACAGACUGAACUCAUGGUGAAAGCGAGACUUAAGGAAUUGGGUCGAGAGUCGAUUGCUGUGUUGGAUUGUUUACAAAAAGGGAAACUAAAGGAAACGGGCCGUGGAAAACCUUAA